UGUGUUUUAUGGUAAAAUGAAAUAUGACGUGAAGCAAAGGAAGAAAAGUUCCUCCGAAGCAGAGAACCUCGACCUAACUUUACCAAAAGCUUUAUAAAACCUUAAACCCUCAAGCUUUACACGCUGAUAUAGCCAGAGGCGCCGCUACAACUCAAAAUAAUCACAUUCAGUACCAGAAGUCACACGUACAUUUGGUAGCGAUGUAACGAGAAAGCGAAUUCUUAGUCUUGGCGAUAAUCCAUGUUUUUUUCCAGAAGCCCCCGUGAAGUCAUGUAAGAUUUUACUUUCCCAGCCUUUUAUAAGCUACCCAUUAUUUGUUUGCAUUGAAGGUUUGAAUUGCUGGUAAUAUGCCGACACCAUCCAAUCACCAGAACAUGUCCAUGCCUACGGCCAUGGCUCCUCACCAGGGCCAGCCUGCAAGUCCUUUUCCUCAAGGUUUUAUGGGUCAGGGUAUGGCCCAGGUUCAGUGCAAUUCUGUGUGCGCAAACCCUGAUCCUUGCUCUCAACAAAUGCAAAUGCAAUUUCGACUGCAGCAGGUGCAGAUGCAGAUGCAAGGUCAUGGGUUUAACAAUCGCGUUGAGCCCUUUGCUGCACCAGGCUUACCAAAUCAAGCCCCCCAGCAGCCUCCUCCUCCUGGCAACGGUGGGGAUUCACAGCUUCAUCCUAAUUCUGGCACUCUUCCGAAUACCCAAAUGUUUUUUCAAUCUAAUAACAUGUCUAACCCAAUCCCAGACCCAAGGCCCAGUACCCACAUGGUUUCAGCCACAAACCCAAUGCAGAAUCCAGCUCCUGAACAUGCCCCCGGCAAUCAUUUUGUUGCUUUGGGUAUUCCAGUUCCCGAUUCAACUCUUGGAACUGGUCAUUCGCCUCAAUUCCCUAGCCAAGUGCAGCUCAAUUCACUACAGAAUCCAGCUGCGAACCCGGUCUCCAACAAUCAGAUGGUUUCUUUUGGUAUCCCUAUGCCUAAUUCAGCUCUUGGGCCGGGUCAAAUGCCCCCUUUUCCUUCCAAUUUCCAGCACAAUGCACCCCAGAUGUCAACUAACAACAAUAUGGAUGUUGCGACACAGCAAUUUAUUAUGUCACAACAGCUAAUGGCAGCAGCAGCAGCAGUCAUGCAUAACCCUGCUUUAGUGCAAGCUUUUUCUUGUUUGCAAGGAUUUCAGAAUUGUUUUCUCGGUACUUCAGAGUCCCCAUUGCAAGCCAGCAAUCAUCAAACUAUGCCACUGCAGGGUUCAAGUCCCAGCUUACACGCUCAUGCCGGUGUACCAUCAUGUUCAGUGCCUCUCCAUCCUCCUCGGAAUCUUAUAAUGCCUAUGAAGAACACUCAGUUUAGUAAUGGAGUUAGCCCAAGUACACAAACUUCUCAUUCUCAAUCGAACAAUAAUGUUGCAACUCUUGAACAUCCUCAAAUUCAAGCUCAGGUAACCAACCAACAAUUUUCUUCACACCAUACACUCCACGCCACCCAUUUCAACUCAGCUUCUUUCCCCUCUGGUCAGCACCCUGGUCUUUUCUCUCCUUUUGCUCCUGCACAUUUCAUGGGUCAAAGUACCGCAGAAAUCCACCAAAUAGCUGUUACACAUUCAGCAGGUAAUGUACCAUUCCAGGUUGGUGGGUCAACCCCGUUGCAUCAGAAUCACAAACAGCUUCAGCAAGCCCAGCAUACAAUGCAGCCUGGCAAUCUUCAAACAGCAAAGGGCAGUUUCAGUGAGCAUGAUGGCAUGCUGAGAAAUUCCUGUAUUAGAAAUGAUAUUCAGCAGUUCCAAAAUGGGGCUUGUGAUAGAGGGCAUUCCUCUAGGAUAGGUGGUAGCAGGGUGAGUCCCCAUCAUGGUAGACGGACAGAAGCUGGAGAAUCUCAUCCAAAAUGGAAAACUGAAUCCUCUUGUUUUAAUUCAGAGCAAGCUGAUGGAAGAUUAAAAAAUGGAUCUCCCAUGACACAAUUUCCUCCAAAUAGAAUAUUUAAUAAUGGGCCUUCCAGGUUUCGGAAGGAUGCUGGAGGAGGUGCAAGGUUGCAUGCAGCUGCACUAAUCUGCAAGACUUGUGAUCGUUCCUUUGAUAGCAAAUAUCAUAUGGAAGAACAUUUCAGAUGUCAUGUCAAAUGCGACGAGGAAAACUGUUCAUUUGAGGCCUCUGGGAAAUUAUUAAAGGAGCAUAAGCUGGUUCAUCAUGGGAACGAGGGUUCAAAAAGGGCUGCUCCACCAAAGUCUAAGGAGUCUGUUGCUGAAAUCCAGCAGUGGCGUGAUGAGCGCAAAAGAAAUUAUCCGAUAGAAGCAAAUAUAAAACGCAAGGCUCAACAUAUGCAAGAAAGAAGGACGAGGGGUGAGCUUAUAGAUGAUGAUUCGAAGAUACGUCGUGAGCGCAUGAAAGAGAUUCUUGCUAAACAGGCAGAGUUAGGUUUUCCAGUAGCUGAAGUGCCAUCUCAUUAUCUCUCUGAUGCUCCAUUCCAUCAGAAAGGACACUACAAAAGUGGCACACGGGGAAAUAAUAACAAUUUUGGUAAGCCAAACAGAUCAGAAAAUUCAUCUAUGAAGAUACCCCGAAUAAAUGAUUUGGCAUCCCCAAGGUCCGUUCUGAAUGAUGUAAGUAGCUUCAAGAUGGAGCAACCUCGAGAAGAAGGUAAUGCAGCUAUUCACAAUCCUGAACUUUUGUGCUCUGAAGACAAUUCCUUUUCUCUAAUUCCAGACAAAGUUGAUGUGAAUUGCAAGACCAAGGACAAUGCUUCACAGAUAAAUAUCAAAACAGAGGACGUACUACUUGAUGCGGUUCACAAGGCUGAUAAAUGCCAAAAAGUCUGUAAAUUCUUCCAACGGGGACAUUGCUUGAAAGGUCAACGCUGUACGUACCUUCAUGUCCGUGGAUCAAAUGCCACUCGUAAAGGAACUACUGUGGCUUCUGAGCUUCCAAUGAGAGCUACUGUUGCUUCAAAGCUUUCAAAAAGAAAACCUACACUUCUUGAGAAACUGCUUAGUGGAGAAAUUAAGAAGGAAAAAAGCCACCUGCUGCAGAUAUUCAGGUUUAUGGUCAACAACUCUUUUCUCACUGAAUGGUCAAAUGAGCCCUUGAAAUUCUUUCACUGGACUAGGGAAGCACCAGAUGCCAAUCCAGAACAUCAGGCUGAAAGACAACAUUUGUCAAAUUUUAAAUCAAUUUGUAUUAGUGAAGAGCAGGAAGAUUUAAAUGAAGAUGCCAUGACAAAGGGAGUUGGCAUGGGUGAGAUGGAAAGCAGCAGAGAUGAUGAUUUUGAUACAGAUUUAGAUGAAGUUGAUACCGAAGAGAAGGUUACCAUGGGUGAGAUGGGGAGCUGCGGAGAUGAUGGUAUUGAGACAGAUUUAGAUGAAGUCGAUGCUAAAGGGAAGGUUGUUAUAGGAGAAAUAGAGAGAAGAGAUGACAACCUUGAGGAAGGAGAGAUAGAGGAAGGGGAGAUUGUAUAAUAACACUGAAGAAAGAUAGGUUGACACUAAAUACCGUAAAGUGGGGAAGAACAGUUUUAGUCUUGCUAUUGCUGAUCUGGGAAAUUUUCAAAUUUUCUGGGACUCUGAUGGACGAUUGGCAAACCCAUUUUCUGAUGAAAAUUAUAGAAAGGGUUGCAUUUUACACAAAUUUUGUUAAAAUUAAUGAAUUUGUAAUAUAUUCAAUUGUAUGUCUGAUCUUGUAUAACGAUUGUUGUUUUGAUUCAUGUACAAACUAUACCAUCCUUUCCCACGCUAGAAAGUAGUGUGUACCAUAUAUGCUUUUGCUCGACUGCGGUGUAAUAUUUAUUUGAGACUAUACUACAUGUGGCCAGGAAUUCACCGAAUUCACACUUUUUA